AUUUCAUCAUCGAAUAUAAUCCCACAUCUCUCAAAUAUCAUAUCGAAAUUACAAGCAUAUUAGUUCCAGACAAAUAUAAAACCAUGGCCGAUGACAACGCGCAGGCAACAGCAAGAACAUCCGAACCCCAACCUCAACCUAAUCCUCCACCACCACCAUCUACUACUUCUACUACCACCACUCCCUUCCCUCCCCAAAACCAACAACCAUCAUCACAACCACAACCACAACCACACCCACAUCUUAACCCCGAAAAAGACAAAAUCAUGGCUUCCGACUCUGCUGCAAACACCCCCGGUGCCGACUCCGCCGCUGCAACUCCCUCCGCCACCACCACCACCACCACCACCCAAGUGCGUCCCGGCGGCGCCCCGAUUAGAAGAUACAUGAAUGAGAAGAUUGUGCCGCAUCUUCUUGAUGGGAUGACGGUCGUUGCGAAGGAGCAACCACCCAACCCCCUCCGCGUCCUCGGCGAAUACCUCAUCCAGAAGAGCAAUGAAAUCGAACAGCAGGGUGUUUCGAAGACUCCCGAGUAGACGUUCUUGUUCAAUCGACCAUUGGUGCUGAUCCGUGAUGUGUUACACGAGACGAUCAACGAGCUCUUACCACCAUCCCAUACUAUCUAAGGUGGAAUAAAGGCUGGCUCAGAUUUCAGUGGACGCAAACAUAAAAACAUCAAUAUGUGCUGCUGUACGUGAAGAGACUACUUUCAAGGUUCAUCUCAUCUACAUAAGAGCAACAAGGAGGAGAUGAUGGAUGGAUGCUGAUCUGGUCUAGCCUACUCUAGUCGUUCAGUCUGAUACGCACCCCCACAAAGAUAGACCGAAUCGUUGGGUUUUGGAUAGCUUAGACAUACGGGGGAGUUGCUUGCUCGCUAGCUAUGGGUUCUCAUUUCUUGGGGCAGUGAGUGAGUGUAUCCUCGAU